AAGAUGACUACGACACGCGAGGACGUGCUGUUACAGAUGGGCGAGGUCCGAUUUAAAAAGGGCGACGGAACGCUCUACGUGAUGAACGAACGGAUCGCCUGGAUUGCUGAGCAUCGCGAUACGGUUGCUGUGUCACACCGUUUCCAGGAUAUCAAAAUGCAAAAAAUUUCCCCGGAAGGUAAACCGAAGGUACAGCUGCAGGUGGUGCUACACGAUGGCAACAGUUCGACGUUUCACUUCGUUAACCGGCUCGGCCCGCAGGCACAGAUGGCCGAUCGGGAUAAGGUGAAGGAGCUGUUGCAACAGUUGCUGCCCAACUUUCGGCGCAAGAUCGACAAAGAGCUGGAGGAAAAGAAUCGUAUCCUGACGGAAAACCCGUCCCUGUUGCAGCUGUACAAAGAUCUGGUCAUUACGCAGGUGCUGACGAGUGAGGAAUUUUGGGCCCGCCACGCCAAGGACUACAUGAACAAGGAGCAAACGGUAAAGCAAGAUAUCGGUGUGUCCGGUGCGUUUCUGGCUGAUAUUAAGCCGCAAACGGAUGGAUGUAACGGGUUGCGGUACAAUCUGACGGCGGACAUUAUUGAGUGUAUCUUUAAAACGUAUCCGGCGGUAAAGCGGAAACACAGCGAGCACGUGCCGGGCAAGAUGACGGAGGCUGAGUUUUGGACCAAAUUCUUCCAGUCGCAUUACUUCCAUCGGGACCGUAUCGUGGCGGGCGGCACCAAAGACAUUUUCACCGAGUGCGGCAAGAUCGAUGAUCAGCAGCUGCGACAGUCGGUGCAGGAGAAUCUCGGCGAUCCGUUGCUGGAUAUACGUGCGUUCGAAGAUAACACGCUGGAGGAUGGAUUUUGCAGCUCGGCCACUGCCAAACAGCAGACGGUCAACAGUGGUAACAUUGUCCAUCAGAGUAUGAUCAAACGUUUUAAUCAACAUUCGUUUUCCGUGCUGAAAACGUGCACGGAUGUAAAAACGCUCAACUGCGGCAUUGGGUCCAUUUUGUCCGCCACGCCGGGUGUGACGGAUGCGUCGUCGAAUGGUGGUGGUGCACCCGUCACGAAUGGGACGAAGGACAAGACAAACAACAAUAAUCUGCCGGGCGACGGAAGCAACAAUAAUAAUACGUUGAAUGGGUACAGCAAGAAGGAGAAACGAGACAACCUAGCGAAUGGUGGGACCACUGAGCACAAGAGUAACGGGACGAUGGGACCACCAUCGUCAAAUGGCGGCGGCGGUGCGGUGUUUGUCGAGCCGACGAUUAAGAGGGCCCGCAUACAGGCGAAAAUUACCUACGACGAUCUGGAAGGCGAGGAAGACGAGCGGACCCGUGUAAAGCAGCUGAAUUUGACCAAAAUCGAACGGUACCUUCAUGGGCCAGUUCCGGCGACGAGCGGGACUGGUGGCGGACACGAUUCUUCACAUUCUAGCAAUCAGCGAAAAGGUGGUGAGGGAGGUUUGCAUGAUUUCGAAACGACGCAUGCAAUGAUCCUGGAGGCCGCUAAUGGGACGUGGAGUAAUCGGACGCCACACAAGCUGUUGGUUAGUCCGGCCGCUGCUGUCAGUGCGCUGGGAGAUCUGAGUCCGGGUGGCGCGCUGAUGAGAGGAUUCCAGGAACAAAGCCUUGCCCAACUUGUGCCUCCGGAUAUAGAAAAGGAAGUGCGUAACCUAUACCUAUCGCUGCUGGAAUUGCUGAAGGAAUUUUGGAAAUGUUUCCCGCCAACAACGCCCCAGCUAGAGUCAGAAGCAACCCGCAUGCACGACAUAUUGCAGCGUUUCGCGAUGGUCAAAUUGAAGCCUUUUGAGGAUCGUGCCAUGAGAGAACUAUUGCCAUUAGGGUCCUCGCUAACGCAACAUUUGAACCAACUGCUCCAGUCGGCCAACCGGAAGUAUGCGAUCUGGCAGGAUCGUCAGCGCCGUACGCACAGGUAGCAGUGUUCCUCCUCAACGCU